AUGCCUGCUCUCAAAGUCAUCGCGCCUUCUUCCACAGCCAGCCAGCGCACCCCAUCCUUCUCUCACCCUUACCCAUUGCAGUCUUCGCGCAUGUCUCUUCGUCGCACUGCUUCUUUUCUCUCCUUGUCAGACUAUGAAGGUGACGAGGAUACCUCGUUACAGUCUGGCCCCUCUUCAUUUUACGCAAAGGCCCAACCUCCACUCGUUCCCUACAAUCGUACUCUGCACCACUACAAGGAGCAGCGCGAACGACGUAAAGCCGCCCUCAGCCGCAGUCGUCCUGAAUUUGCCAUCGCUCCACCCUCUACCAAGCAACCCGGUAAAGCAGCCCCUCACCCGCCACACAAACAAAUCACAGGGCUGCGGACCUCUUCCCCUUUAUCGCCCACUCAGAAACUCCUUCCACCCCGCGCUUCUUUUCCUCGUUCGAAGCCGGAGCCGGACUUGUACCGUAUCGCAAUUAAAGCCCGUAUGCGGUGCUCCCCUGAAGGCGCGAAGAUUCUUCGCAUGGGUCCUCGAAUGGCUGUGUCUAUAUUAGCCGCUACUCGGGACCUUGAGAUGCUUGUGUCAACACAUGAGGUGAACUUUAAUGACGACUGGGAAAUGGUUGACUGCAGUGCGUGA